AUGCCUGCAGACUCAUUGAUUCUGACCAAAAUCGGAAAAGCUGGGGAUUUUAAGCUUGACUGGUGCCUGCAACUUGUGGAGGACUAUUUCCCUCGAAGCCUGACCUUCGAAAACGACACCCUAAAUGCAUUUUCGGGCAUGUUGAAGUAUUUGCAGUCCUUGAAACCGUCAAUUCCCAACCUGUGGGGUGUUUUGAUGCUUCCAGACGUCCUAUCAACGUCCCCUAAACAACGGAUCAGAUAUAACCUCGUCCGCGGUUUAGCGUGGCUUUACCGUGGGUAUACCUCUAGGGGUGAUCCGAUCUCGCACAACCUUGGCAAGCUAGAAGGAACAACCAAAUCACUGAGGAAGGAGAUGUUCCCGAGCUGGACAUGGGCUGAUUGGAGGCCAAGAGUUGAACUUGACGGUAGGGGUGGAAAUGACAACAUUCGCAUCAUUCCCCAAGAUUCACCCUUCACUUCCCUUGUCGAUCUGAGUGUGGAGCUUGACGAUGGAAGGAUCGUCUCUUGGGGUCAGGGAUACCUUUACGACUCGGAUGUAUCAUGGUUGGCAACUUUGCCAAACCCGCCAAGGAUUCUGCACAUCCAGGGAUAUACCGCUAAUCCGCAACUACGAUACAUGACGGAGGAAGAGUGGGCGGAGUUCAACGAGCGAACUAUACUUCCCAAUAAAGAAGCCCACGCCCACAGUGAAAAUGGUGGUUAUCCCGAGCACCACGAGUGCUGGUCCGACACGCAACGUUGGAUAUUGAUAGACGCUGAUGGGCAGCACCUCCAGCCACUGCUUGAGACGGCUUCCCACGAUGAGCCCCGGUGCUGGGUACACGUGAGAAAUUCUGCUCAAUAUAACUCUGGCUUUCAAGAAAGUUUGGCAGCCGAAGCAUACCUUUUCCAAAGGCAGAGGGGCAACCAGGCCGACACCAUCAAACCCUACACCGAGUGCACGUUCGAUUUUCGAGUCAUUGUACUAGGUUAUGAUGUGUGGGGCUUUGUGUAUUACAUGAUACUCAUGAAGGCCGACAGUCAGAUUGAAGCAUUUGAGCGCAUCAAGGUCCUUCGAUUUGAGUACCUUUCAUACUACGAUGAAUCGGGCGAGAACCCAGCGUGGCGAGAGGAGCUUUUGGCCGAAUCAACCGGAGAGCACGCUGAAUCCUUCCGGGGGACACCAUGGGUCAAGAUGGACACUAGAAUAGCCUAG